GUGUAUCGGGUUUUCCAAGUGUCAGAAUCAGCUUUCCUUGAAUUUAGCUUCCCUUGGUACUAGUUUAUCUUGGGACUAGCUUUUCGUGUAAUUAGCUUUCAACUAAGUCCAGGCUUCUUAGAUUGCUCCAGCCUACCAUUCCGAAUGUGCGUGCCAUCAUUUCCUAUUUUACGCUAUCGCAGCUCUUGAAACUGAGAGAUACGUGCUACGAUAACACGUAGACAACCCUGAAAGGCCGCAGUUGAUGGGGGGUACAUCGCAAACGGUAGCUGCUACGAUCGAAGCCAGCUCCCGUUGAACGACUCUGAUUUCUCCAAGCAUUUCGCGUAGAAACCUGAAGUGCUUUCGUGAAAAGUCCGAGCGAUUUCUAAGUUUCAACUGCGCGCGGCGCGACGCAGCGACGUGACGCGGCGACGUGACGCAGUUCAUGAUGGGACACUAUCGAGAUCGAGUCCCGACGAUCUGCUUCCCUUCCUCCUCAGCCACCUGUUCCAUUAUCGGGGUCAUCCUCCUGUUUGUCUACUUCAUAGCUCUCGGACCUUCGUUAAAGUCACCUAUCUCCUCCUCUUCCUCUGAUUCCAAAGAGCUGCACAGAACAACUGAGAUAGCGGAUGCAGCUGUUCAUGCAGAUGAGGUGAGAGCAAACGGGGAAGGCCUGAACGCGGAAGAGCAAUGGCAGCAGGAUCAGGAGGAUCAGCAGGUGCAGUCUAGCUGGGAGACUCAGGAGCAGCGGCAGAAGCAUCAGCAGGAGCUCCUUCAGAAACAGCGGAAGCAGGAGGAGGAAUCGGAAAAACCGAGGAGCAAGAAAGGCAAGAGCAGCGAGAGAAAGGACAGCAGUAUUUCAAGGGAGGAGGGUAAAGAGAGCAUUUCCCGCAAGAGUAGCAGCCGCAAGGACGGUGUUUUAAACUCUGUAGCGUGCGAGGGUCGCAAGGUGUACGUGUAUGAUUUACCCUCGAAAUUGAACCGCGUGCUGCUGGACGACUGCCUGGACACCAACAUCAAGGGCUUCUGCGCCACCAGCAGGCAUGGUGGCCUGGGAACCAGACUGCCGCCGUGGGACGACGCGUUUGAGGGCAAAGAUCCAGGCAGCAGUAUCAGCAGCAGCAGCAGCAGCAGCAGAGGGACAGGGAAUGAUGGUGCUCGGCGGCUUCUCGCAAGCACGAGCAGGAGCAGCGGUAGCAGUAGCAGUAGCAGAGGCGACAUAGUUGAGAGCGAGGGUUGGAGGAACCAAUGGUACUUCACCGAUAACUCCAUGCUGGAUCUCAUCUUCCACUCGCGCCUCCUGCAGCACCGCUGCCGAAUCUCGGACCCAGGCUCGGCGGAUUUCCUGUUCAUCCCGGCGUACCUGGGCUGGUCGAUCUGGUCGCUCGUGGAACACGGGCUCUUCGCGAAGCGAGACGACCCGGUGAUUGAGCUAGAGAGGUAUUUACUGGAGGAGAAUCCGGACUUUAAGGGGCUGGUGAACCGUGGCGAUCACGUGCUCGUUCUCGGCCGUCCGAUCUGGGACUUCAAGCGGGAUCAGGAUAAGCCUGAGGGUUGGGGAUCGGAUCUGUGGUGGCGGCCGGCGUUCAAGAAUGUCACACUCGUUACAGUAGAGGCUCCUGUGGAGUGGUACGAACGGGAGGUGUUUUCUAUUCCGUACCCUACCUGUUUCCAUCCGGUAGGCUCGGCACAGCUGCAGGGGUGGAUUCGGCACGUUCGGGAGCAGCCUCGGCCGUACCUGUACUCGUUUGUGGGCGGGAAGCGCGCGCACGCGACCCGGGAGGGCUCGUUAAGAGGGGUUUUGCUGGACGAUUGCGAGAAGGAUGCUAAGAGGUGCAUAAUACUGGAGUGUACUGGUGCUGAUGCUGAAGCAGCGACGGCAGCAGCAGUGGAGAUAGGCAGGCAGGCACAGAAAAGAAAGGAAGAGGGGGAGAGGAACAGCAGGGAAGGGAAGGAGGAGGAGGAAGAGAGUGAGCCGGAGCUGUCACUGAGGGGAUGCAUUGAUCCCCGGAGAGUGGCUGGUGUGAUGCUGCAGUCUGAGUUUUGCCUUCAGCCGGUGGGAGACAGCCUCACUAGAAGGUCAUUCUUUGACUCGAUAAUAGCAGGCUGCAUCCCUGUAGUGUUUGUCGCCGGCACGUUUGAUCGACAGUACCCCUGGUACUUUGCUCCCGAACCUGAGGCUCGGAGGAACGUGUCGGUGAUGGUGGAUUCGGACGAUGUGAUUGGUGGGAAGGUUAGGAUUGGGGAGGUGCUGGGGGGGAUAUCUGAGGAGAGGAAGAGGGAGAUGAGGGAAGAGCUUUAUAGGCAUAUUCCGAGGCUGCUACUAAGGGAUCAUACGAGGGAGGCAGAGGUGGGGGAGGGGGUGUUUGGGGAUAUGGUGGAUAGAACCAUUGAUGGGCUGAUCGAGAGGAAGAAGAUGAGGCGAGCUGGGGUUGCUGGGAGCUAUUUCCCUUGAUGGGGUUCCGUGGAGCUACUUCCCUUUCUGGGGUUGCUUGCACGGCAGUGGUGGGGGAGGAGGGGGUGUUUGGGGAUAUGGUGGAUAGAACCAUUGAUGGGCUGAUGGAGAGGAAGAAGAUGAGGCGAGCUGGGGUCGCUGGGUGUACUUCCCUUGACGGGGCCGUUGAGGAGGGGAUGAGGAGACUGUGUGUAUCGCCUCAUGCUUGGGAGAUGGGAGGGGAGGCUUUGUGGCCUCUGGUGGACAGAGGAGGAUGGUUGCUGUGAGGAUGGGCGGCAGACUGACGUUCAGCAGAAGGGGGAAGGUUGGAGGUCGUAAGUUUUCGUCUGUCUGGAGUGAGUGGGUGGUCGGACCUGUUUGUAGCUGGAGUAACAGAUAGGCAGUGCUGUAGUGUGUAGACAGGGAGUGGUCAGGCUAGAGGGAAGAGGGGUUGUGUUGUGAUGCGGCAGAAUGAAGUGCAGGAUGAUGCAACUUCCUCCAUGUUCUGGCUGGUUUCAUUUUACUCUGUGUGUGGUAUGUAGUUGUCUCAUCCUAAGGUAGUACCUGGUAGCACGUAUUUCGAAGUCUAAUCA